AUGGGUCAGCUUUCAGGUGGAACCUUCCAGGGCCCGCGGCUCGCCCCGCAGACCGCACCAGCAAGGGCUCGUUCUUGGUCGGCGCCGGCAAACAAUUGGACUCGCGCAUCGUUAUUCAAUCUCAACUGGCGCAUCUGCCGCGACAUUUAUCCUCUGCUCCGGUCGCCGCCAGCAUACGACCCCCCUCUCCCGAUCUCCUCCCCCCAAGAUCCUAUCACCGAGCGCGCCGACCACACAUCUCCGAACCCGGCACCCUAUCCCGGCUGCAAUACCACCAUGUCGCAAGCUGUCGACCUCAAGAACCAGGGCAACAAGGCCUUUGCUGCUGGUGACUUUCCGGCUGCAAUCAAGUUUUACUCACAGGCCAUCGAGCUCAACGACAAGGAGGCUACUUUCUACACCAACCGUGCCCAGGCAUACAUCAAAACAGAGGCCUUCGGAUAUGCCAUUAUAGACGCCGGUAAGGCCAUUGAGCUUAACCCAACGCUCGUCAAGGCCUACUACCGCCGAGGUCUUGCCCGAACCGCCAUCCUGCGUCCCAAGGAAGCUGUGAAUGAUUUCAAGGAAUGCGUCCGCCUCGAUCCUGCCAACAAGGAUGCUCGUUUGAAGUUGGAAGAGUGCAAGAAGAUUGUUCGGCAACUUGCUUUCUAUGCCGCCAUCGAAGUGGGCGACGAGCCCUCUGCCGCCGAGGGUCUAGAUGUGGCUUCCAUGAUUCUCGAGGACGGCUAUGAUGGUGUCCAGCUCGGAGACGAAAUGACGCAAGAGUUCAUCGACGACAUGAUUGAGAGAUUCAAGAAUGGCAAGAAGAUUGCCAAGAAAUACGUCUAUCAGAUCCUCAUUGCUGUCAAGAAAAUCAUCUACGACGAGGCUACAAUGGUGGAGAUGACAAUUCCUGACAAUGUCCAGCUGACUGUUUGUGGCGACACACAUGGUCAAUAUUUCGAUCUCUUGGAGCUGUUCCGCAAAAACGGCACGCCUACUGACAAGCACUGGUACCUGUUCAACGGCGACUUUGUCGAUCGUGGAUCGUGGUCCUGCGAGAUUGCCCUGCUACUUUACGCUUACAAAUGGCUGCGGCCUAAUGGCUUUUUCCUGAAUCGUGGCAACCACGAGACGGAUGACAUGAACAAGGUCUACGGCUUUGAGGGAGAAUGCAAGGCCAAGUACAACGAGAGAAUCUUCAAAAUCUUCUCCGAAAGCUUCUCUGCUCUGCCUUUGGCUACCCUGGUUGGCAGUAAAUACCUGGUUCUCCACGGUGGCCUGUUCUCUGAUGACAAGGUCACUCUCGAUGACAUUCGCAAGCUCAACAGACACAACCAGAAGCAGCCCGGCCAGUCUGGUCUGAUGAUGGAGAUGCUGUGGACGGAUCCUCAAGAAGAGCAGGGCCGUGGACCUAGCAAGCGCGGUGUCGGCAUGCAGUUUGGCCCGGAUAUUACCAAGCGUUUCUGCGAGAACAACGGCCUCGAGGCCAUUAUUCGAAGCCACGAAGUCCGCAUGGAUGGUUAUGAAGUCCAACAUGACGGCCGAUGCAUUACUGUCUUUUCCGCCCCCAGAUACUGCGAUUCAACCGAGAACCGCGGUGCGUACAUCAACAUUGGCUCGGACUACAAGUUGCAGUAUGAGCAGUUUGACGCCGUUCCCCACCCAGAUAUUCGACCCAUGGCUUAUGCCCAGAACUCGCUCAUGUCUUCGCUAGCGUAG